GUUAUGGGCGCGUAUUUUUAUUGGCAUUGUCCUGCUGGCAUAUGUUAAGUGAUUCUCGGAAAACGAUAAUUGCCUAUAUCUUAUCCGGACUUUUGGACGCUGUUGAUGGCCAUGCUGCUAGAUCCCUUAACCAAAGUACUUACCUAUUGGUCUACCUUUUAGGUACUAAAUUUGGCGCUAUGUUGGAUAUGUUGGUUGAUCGCUGUGCGACAAUGUGCCUGCUUGUCGCCUUGGCCUAUUUCUAUCCCAAUUACAUGUUUUUAUUCCAAUUAUCUAUGUCAGCAGAUAUUGCCAGCCACUGGUUGCAUAUGCAUACGUCUUUAGCUACUGGUAAAAACAGUCACAAGUCCAUUAACCUUGAGGGAAAUGCAAUUCUAAAGCUUUACUAUACCAACCGGGUAGUCUAUGGACUGUGCAUUUUCAAAUUAAUUGCAAUAAUUACAGCUCCUGUGGCCUUUGCAAAAUUUUGCAUUAAUUUAAUUCAUUUACAUGCGGCUUCUGUAAACUUGGCAGGAAUUGAUGCUCAGGAUAAGCGAAUCGAUCUCGGCAAACAUUAG